AUGCAAUUACAAUUGUUUAUUCGAGCUCUCCUGCUUUGCUUAUUUCCAUUAGCCGUGAAUGGCUUUUAUUAUUAUAGUAAUGGAGGGGAAAGUAAGUGUUUCAAUAAGGAACUAUCCAAAGACGCGAUUUUAAGAACAUCAUACUCAGUCCAAAUUUUUGAUUCCCAAGCUAAUGAUUAUAUUGAUCCUGCUUCAAACCAAGUAAAUGUGGUAGUCGACGUUUUAGAAGUAUUUGAUGAUAAUCAUCGUGUUGUGCAUCAAACUAGAGGUUCAAGUGGUGAAUUCACAUUUAAUGCCAUUGAAUCUGGUGAGCAUUUGAUUUGCUUGCAGCCUCGGAUGUCUGGUUGGUUAGCAAGAAGUAAGACUAAGGUUAACGUUGAGUUUCAAGUUGGAUCUGGGUCUGAAAUUGAUUCUAAGAAAAAAGAAGCUAUGCAAGUUUUACAUCAAAGGGUUAUAGACUUGAUUGAUAAAGCUAUGAGUAUAAGAGGUGAACAGACAUUAGUCAGAGAACGUGAGGCUCAGUUUAGAGAUACUUCAGAGCGUACCAACUCUUCAGCGAUGUGGUGGGCUAUUAUAACACUAAUUGUUAUGGGUGGUGUAAGUUUCUGGCAGUUGCAUCAUCUGCGUUCAUUCUUUGUUAAACAAAAGGUUUUGUAA